UUAACUAAGUUUUAAACUUGCCUGUAGUUUUCCAGUCCAAAAAGCGCAAUGCACAUUAUUUCCGACGAAAAGCUUGCCAAAAUAAUGGAGGACUUGGAUAAGAUCAGACAGAAGAGCACCAACAGCUCCGGCACUUCGAGCAGCAAGGACACGGACUACGAAGUCGGCGACGCCUACUCUGCGAAGGAUGCCAUUCGCCCACUGGUGGUCACCAACUGCUCCGAAUAUGUGGUGGCACAUGCGAGAAACGAACUGCGUCCCGCUCGGCAAUUCGCGGAGGUCUCAAUGUUGCCGCACAUCCUGGACACGAUGAGGAAAUUGGGCUUGAAUAGACUGCUGCGCCUGCAGAGCUACACAUGGCCACAUUUGGCAGGAGGAGCUGGACAUGGGGCGAUGAUUGUGGGAGCUCCAGGUAGUGGUCGCACUUUUUCGUACGUGCCAUCAGUUUGUCAUGCGGUAUGCAAGGCCAUACGGGAAAGCAGAAGCAGGCCCAAGGAUCUGGAGCCGGGAUCCUGGCAACAGGAACAGUAUGGCGCCAAAGCCUUGAUCCUUGUGCCCGAUCUGCGUCGCGUCCGCCAGGUGAGCGCCCUGUGCCACGCCCUGCUGCGCAAGACAUACAACGAGGAAUGGUUCACGCUCACCCUCAAUGUUCCCUCGACCAAAAGCUCGGAGUUCUUUCUGCGUCUCUUGAACGGAGUAGGUUGCCUGGUAGCCACUCCUGCCCAGCUGGUCUGGUUUUGGCAGGAGGCUCCCGGUCUAAUGCGCUUCCCCUGCCUUCAGUUUCUGGUCUACGAUGAUGUGGAUCUAAUGUCCAAGGAGCAGCUGAUGAACGCGCAGCAGGUGCUGCAGGAGAUUCUGCCCAUAACACACUCUCCCCAAGUGGUUAUGGUUUCCCAGACAUACAGUCCAGAGCUAAUGGCCAAACUAAGCGCGGUCAAUCAUCAGCCGGCUCUUGUAUUCGGCGAUAUAAUGGAGGCAGCUCUGUACGGCGGAACACGUAUUCGGAUUUCCCUGGUUCCCUCAUCAGCCAAAGUCAAUGCAGUGAUCCAGAUGCUGCAGCAGCGCCCACCCAACGAUUACCGCACGGUGAUUUACUGCGUCGAUGAUAGGGACAUGCAGCGCCUAGUGGUGGCUCUGAAGGAUCAGCGCUACAAUUGCCUGCCCUACUACCAGAAUUCGGACAUGGAGGUUCGCGAGCAGGUGCAUAGUUGGCAGGCGAAUAGUCGCGGCGUGAUCCUGCUGUGCACGGACAACUGCCCAGAACUGAUCAUCCGAGAUGCGCACACCCUGAUCCAUCACGGCAUGAGCAUCUCGUGGAGCAAGUUUAAAAUGAGGCACCUUAUGCUGUCCGGCAAUCUAAGCAACAGUUUGGCUGCCGAAGUCGGCCCUGUGAAAGUGUCACUGCAUUCGCUGGUGCUUAUGGACGACAGCAACCAUCGGGAACUGCCGCGUCUCGUGGACUUUCUUCAGCUGCAUCAGGAGGUGGAUCCCGGCGUAGUUGCGCUGGCCAAGCGUAUACGCCAGGAGAUGGAUAAAGCCAGGAGCGAACAGAAAACUCUGUGCAGCCAGAUUCUAGUGCUGGGAAAAUGUUACGAUUCCGUGUGUGAGAAUCGUCAUCACGUGACCCACUCGGACAGACGUCCUGAUUAUAUUCCCGCAUCUGGAGAUGUAAAGGUAAAGCUGGUGCAGGUUUACUCGCCGACCCAUUUUUGCGUCCGUCUACUAGAGCACAUGCCGCCCCAAGGCACCUGGAAGACGCUGCCCUAUCCGGCAGUGCAGGAGAUGCGCAUGCAGCUGAUGCUGAAUAAUGAGUCCCCUCGCUACUGGCCACCUGUGGUCGGAGUCAUCUGUCUGUACAACACCACAUUCACCAAAGAGCGGGUACGCGUGCUGAAAGUGGCGCCCAUACAAAAUGUGAACAUAGUCCAAUCUAAUUUGUCGGUGGAAGUCCAGGCCCUAGACGCGGACACGCGAAUCUUUGUUACCGACUGUGGACGACUGUUUGAGUGUCCGGAGGCAAUGCAGCGGGAGCCACCGAUGGCCUGCGAUCUGCGGCUUCUCGGCUUGGUGCCCUACUCCGGGGAACGCAGCUGGACUGAAGAGGAUUGCCGCAAUGUGAAAGGCAUGCUGACCCAACUACCCAAGGAUCAUUUUCUUCAGGCCAAAAUUCAGUUCGCCACCGCAGGCACCCUGUUCGUCCGGAAUCUGGUGGCCAUCGUUUAUGCGGGCCAAUUCAAAGUGCAUCUGCGGCAUCUGAAUCUUGCCCAGAAGCUGAUAAAGUCCACUUUGGCAAAAAGAUGUGAGGAGGCGACCAACAUGAUCCUGGACUUCUUCGAGGAGGUAUUAAUACAAGAAAAGGAAGUGGAGGAGGAGAAGGAGGUUCAGGAGUCCAAGGAAAACGCGGAGAGGGAGACGCAGGAAGUAGUGAAAAACGAACUCGAGAAGAACAAAGGUACCAUUUUAAGCGGCAGAUGCCUACGACUGGCGCAGGUGGCCCUUGAGGUGGGCAGGGAUAAUCAGCUACAGCCAAAGUUACAGGAAACUAGAUCCACGAUCAGAGACGCAUCGAGUAACCAGGUAGAAAACUAUUCGGGUAAAACAGAAGAAGACGCCAAGCCGCACUCCAACGAAGACCAAGUUUCUCAGCUGUACGAGUGCUUAAUGAACUGCGCCCGCCUUCAGUUGGAAGAUAAAAAAGAGCCGGUAAAGGAGUCCGGUCAAGUGCACAGCGAUCCAACUGAAGUCCUUAAUCAAGUUGUGAUACCAAUCCAACUACCAGACAAUGUGGUGCGACCGUCGGUGACCUACUAUCAGACCACUUCUACCUUGGAGUUGCAUGUGUGUCUGCUAGAAGAUGAUUACGAGUACCAAACUAUGCUCCUCGGAUCCCAGCUUUUCUUUAGGGCAACCUCAAAAUCUUCGGAACUGAUACAGCAGUUCAUUCUGACUCUUAGAUUCCCAAUCGAUAAACUACGUCAUCACAUCCGCGGACGCACCGUGUAUAUCAGUAUCACAAAGUCGCUGGCUUACAUCGUUCCGCUGGAAUUUGGCGAGUACUCAUUCCUUAAACCCAAUCACGAUGGGUUUGGCAAGAUGUAUGAUUCCCGAAAGAGUGCACUGAAACAAUUAGUUCGUGAUCUGAGGGAUUUCGGUUAUUCGAAGCCAGAAGCGGAGUUACAGAAUAAGAGCGACGAAAGUGAGGACGAAGAUCGGAAUCUGGAUGGGAUUGAACGUGUAGACUACAACGAAAUAUUCGACUGAAAAACUAAUACAUAUUUUUUAUCACAAAUUCGUUUCUUUUUAAUUAGACUGCAUGCUUAACUCACUGAAAUAUUAAAAACUCUUACAAUGGUUCGACAAUCAUUUCAACUUCACGUAGCGAACGGAUUUAAUGUUUAUUUUUAAGAUUGCUUACUUAAAAAGUAUAAUCUAUGUUGGAAACAAUAAUCGAUUUAUUAUAAAUAUGCAAAUGCAUGGGUAAAAAAGACAAAUAUUAGAUUGUUUGCAUAUUAAUGGUUUUAAUAAUUCUGUUAAAAAGUUGAAGUUUACCAAAAAGAAAGUUUCCAAAAACAAAAGGAUCAAACAAUGUUUUUAAAUAAUUGAACAGAAAAUGAAUGAAAUAAACAAACUGGAGUUUUUGAGUAA